UCUGAAGAACAGGACCAUUUGGGAAAGGAGAGACAGAGAAGGAAGAUGAUAACGCUGAGGUUGAUGUGGGGACUCCUGGUCCUGUGUGUGGUGGCAGCCUCUCCCCGCAGAUAUGCCAGACAAGCGGAACUAGAUAACUAUGACAACAACAAUGUGGACUUAGACAAGAAUGUGGAUGGUACUGAUGUCUAUGACUAUUACGAUGGAUUUGAUGAACCACAGAUAGAGAUUGGAACCUUGAGCCCCGAUGAGGACAUUGAUCCUUCACACCAUGCCUCAUUGGAGGAGGAGGAAGAGGAGGAGAGAGAAGACAAGGAAUUACCCAUAAAGCCUCAGCUGAUUCCAUCAGGCUUUGGGGAGUCAGGGACUCUGAUGGGCCCUAGUGCACAGGGAGAGGAGGAGCUUCGUCUGACGCCCACUGACAUCCUUCAGAUUUCUGGGGACAUUUCAGGUUCUGGAAUGCCUUUGGGCUCAGGAGGUCCUGGGACCUCUGGUGACAUAUCAGGUUCUGUGGACUCAGAGGACCUAGGUUCUGGAGUCUCUGGACUUUCUGGUUCAGGCAUAAUAUUGAUCUCAGGUAGAGAGGAGGAGCUCCACUUGACGUUUGAAACCAUUCCACACGAGGCCUCUGGGGAUUUGGGGGAGUAUGGAAUCUCUUGGGAGUCUGGAGUUUCUGGGUUACCUGAGGAGUCAGGAGAAUCUGGGGCCUCUGGGGUACCUGAGCUGUCAGGAGAAUCUGGGGCCUCUGGAGUACCUGAGCUGUCAGGAGAAUCUGGGGCUUCUGGAGUAUGCGAGGUGUCUGGGGCCUCUGGGGUACCUGAAGUGUCAGGAGAACCUGGGGUCUCUGGGGUACCUGAAGUGUCAGGAGAACCUGGGGUCUCUGGGGUACCUGAGGUAUCAGGAGAACCUGGGCUCUCUGGGGUACCUGACUGCUUAGGAGAAUAUGGGGUUCCAGAGGUUUCUGGAGAGCCUGGAGCAUCUGGGGUACAUGAAAUGUCGGGAGAGUCUGGGCUCUCUGGGGUGCCAGAGGUAUCGGGAGAGUCCGGGACCUCCGGGGUGCCUGAGGUGUCUGGAGAGCCUGUUAUCUCUGGGGUGCCUGAGGUGUCUGGAGAAUCUGGGCUCUCUGGGGUGCCUGAGGUGUCUGGAGAAUCUGGGCUCUCUGGGGUGCCAGAGGUAUCGGGAGAGUCCGGGACCUCUGGGGUGCCUGAGGUGUCUGGAGAAUCUGGGCUCUCUGGGGUGCCAGAGGUAUCGGGAGAGUCCGGGACCUCUGGGAUGCCUGAGAUCUCUGGGUUGAAUGAGGUGUUUGGAGAGCCUGUGGUCAUUGUGCUGCCUGAUGUCUCUGGGGUCCCAGAGGAGACUAAACAGCCUAAGGUCACUUUCGAGUCUGGAGAAUCUGGGAGCCCAGAAGAGUCUGGGGUGACUGAGGCCCCAGUCGUCACCACUGAAAUAUUAAUACCUGACUUAGAUGAAGAGGAAGUGAUACUCCUAACUACCCCAACCACUCCCUUGGAGGGGACUGGGGGUGAAAUAGGGUCAGGGGUACCUGAUUUUGACAAAGAUAUUGAAACAGAUCAAACAGGUAUGGCUACCUGUAUGCUGUGCACCUGCCUGGUUGGAUCUGUGUACUGUGAUGACCUUAAACUGGACCGUGUUCCUCCUCUCUCCAAAGACACCACUCAUUUCUAUGCACGCUACAACAAAAUUGCUAAGAUCAGCAAGUCUGACUUCAUCAACCUGAAUAAAUUAAAGAAGAUUGAUCUGACCAGCAAUGGAAUUUCCAGGAUCGAUGAUGAUGCUUUCUUUGGCCUUCCUGCUCUGGAGGAGUUGAUAUUACGAGAGAAUAGCAUUAGACAACUUCCAGCUCUAGCCCCCUCUAUGACCCUGAUUGAUGCCUCUCACAACCAGCUGGGCAGCACUGGCAUUCAAAGAGAGGCUUUUAAAGACAUGUCGGGGCUACUUUACCUUUACUUGACAGACAACAACAUAGACCACAUCCCGGUUCCUUUGCCUGACAGUCUGCGCUCUCUGCACCUACAGAAUAACAAUAUCCAAAUGAUGCACGAGGAUACCUUCUGCAAUCCACAUGACUUGAAUUACAUCCGCAACGCUCUUGAGGAUGUUCGCCUGGACGGUAACCCCAUCAACCUCAGCAGAACCCCACAGGCCUACAUAUGUUUGCCACGUAUCCCUGUUGGUGCCCUUAUUUAAGCCAAAAAAAAAAAAAUGCACACGUACAAAACUCACAUGUAUGCACAUGCCUCAAAACUCCUCUGUGCGUACCUCUCUCUCUCUCUUUUUUAACUAAAUGAAUGGCCGUCUUUAAAGGAGGUUGGCAUAAAUACAUAAACUCAACCUCUCACAGGAGUUCUGGCGGA